CACACUGUUGUCUCCAUAUUCAGACCAAUUCUUGGAAAUCCAGAAAGCUUUUUACACUUUUCAACGUUAGUGCUUAAGAAUAGGUUAAUCCCACAAAACCCCUGUUGGGAAUCAAGGAACUUUAGUCAUGGAAGAGUGGAUUUUGUGAUAACAAGAGAUGGGAAACUAAAGUUUGAGGAACAUGAAGUGGAGGCACCAAAGACGGAGAAAUGGAAGACAAAGAAGAAGCUGAAGCUGCAAAGGAAGAGGGAGAAGAAGAAGAGAAAAGCUGCCAACAAGAGAGAUCCCAGAAGACUUGGUGUUCAGGGGAAGAAGAAGAAGCAGAAGUUUGACACUGCUGAAGAAAGAAUCAAACAGAAGAUUGAAAAUGCAAAAGUCAAAGAAGCCAUGCUAAUUGAGAGACUAAAGCGAUAUGAAGUUUCCAAAGUUCAAGGUCCUGAGGUUAAGCCGCACUUUCUCACUGGUGAAGAACGAUUCUAUAUUAAAAAGAUGGCACAAAAAAAGUCUAAUUAUGUGCCAAUUGGCAAAAGGGGAGUUUUUGGAGGUGUUAUUCUUAAUAUGCAUCUACAUUGGAAAAGGCAUGAAACUGUCAAAGUCAUAUGCAAACCCUGCAAACCUGGUCAAAUUCAAGAAUAUGUUGAUGAAAUUGCAAGACUGAGUGGUGGCAUCCCGAUUCAGAUAAUUGCAAAUGAUACCAUCGUUUUUUACCGAGGAAGGGAAUAUGUGCAGCCUGAAAUUAUGUAUCCUAUUGAUACACUGUCAAAGAAGAGGGCGUUGGAAAAAUCCAAAUAUGAGCAAUCGCUAGAGUCUGUGAGACAUUUCAUUGCCAUUGCUGAGAAGGAACUUGCACUCUACUAUAGACACGUUGCCCUAUACGAUGACCCAAAUAAUCGGAGUGCUUACUCCUCCAUCCUUGAUGAUUUAAGAAGCACAAGUGAAAAACGAAAUGACGAAAUAGGAGAGGAGAACUAUACAGCAGGCGAAUCUAUUUCCUCGGAUCUCGAGUUACCUCAUAUUGAUGAUUAUUGUUCUGAUGACAAACAAUCUUUAAGCGAAUUUGAAUUUGAGGAUACUGACGAAUCAAGUAGUCAUGACUUGGAUUCUGGGGAGGAGGAAACUAGUAAUUACUGAUAACUACAAUAAAUGGC